AUGGUCAACCCGGGGAUUGUGUACCUUUUGAUCUGCGUCGCCCUUCUUGUGACGGCCAUCGUCACUCACGUCUCGAGCUCGAGACUCUCCCUCCCGACCGCGCCGUUUUUGAGCUUUCUCCCCAUCAUCCUGCCUAUCAUUGGCGCUGUCAAUGCCUUCUACCGUCCUCGCCUUCUCUUCAACGCCAGCCAGUCGCUCGCACGCACCGAGCAGCUGCUUCCAACGAUCCUGCAGAGCUUGCAGGGAGUCUUGACCACCGCCAUCGUCGUCCUCUUCCUUCAGACUUCUCUUCCUGGUGCCGACUUGAACUGCGGACUGUCGACCACCUGGCAGCAUAUGUUUGCUGGCAAGGACGAAUCUGCCAUUCGACGCAUCCAGGACAGCUUGGACUGCUGUGGUCUGAACAGCGUCAAGGACCGUGCCUGGCCAUUCCGGGCAGACGUGCAAUGCGCCCAGAGAUACGGGCGUGACACCCCGUGCAUGGGACCAUGGCGCGAGGCAACGAUUAGGAACUCGAGCAUCGACCUGGGCGUCGUGUUAGUUGUCGGUGUCUUGCAGAUUCUCACCAUGCUCUACACACAAAGCGCCAGCAACUGGAGGCACGCGUGGUGGGCACAGGGCUGGCGACACCUCUCGGACCGCCCCAUCGAGGAGCGUGAGCGCACCCGACCCCUCCUCACAUCAGCCGCUGCCGCCGCCGCCGCCGAGGCUCCGAAUGACAGUGGCGACGAGUCCGACGUGCCCGUGACAUACCGCGAUCUGAGCCCCCAGUACGGCACCACUGGCGAACCCCGUGGCCGAACCCGCACCGCCGCCGGCCGCAUCGAGCCCUCGUCGCUGAGAAACGUGACGAACGUUUGGGAGGGCGACUAA